AGCUGCUGAGUUUCACUUGCAGUGCCAAGACCACUCAUUGUGAAUUUGUAGUUUACCAGGAUCCUGAUGCCACUUCCAUUCUGACUUAGUGCAAGUGCCACUCCAAUAAGUAUACCAGUGUGUGCCUUCUGUCCGGAGGAUGACUUCCCUGAGACCCUUCAUCUGUGAUGAUCUCUUCCGAUUCAACAACAUAAAUUUGGAUCCCCUCACAGAAACUUAUAGAAUUCCUUUCUAUUUAGAGUACCUGUCACACUGGCCAGAGUAUUGCAUCAUUGCGGAGGCUCCUGGAGGAGAACUUCUGGGCUACAUAAUGGGGAAAGCUGAGGGCUCUAUGGCUCGAGAACAGUGGCAUGGACAUGUCACCGCAGUAUCUGUGGCUCCUGAAUUUCGACGUCUGGGCUUAGCCGCCAAAUUAAUGGAACUUCUGGAAGAGAUUUCUGAGAGGAAAGGAGGUUUUUUCGUGGAUCUCUUUGUAAGAGUCUCCAAUCAGGUUGCAUUUAAUACAUAUAAACAACUGGGAUAUAGUGUUUACCGGACAGUAUUAAAGUACUAUUCAACCAGCAGUGGUGAGCCAGAUGAAGAUGCCUAUGAUAUGAGGAAAGCGCUCUCAAGAGACACAGAGAAGAAGUCUAUAAUUCCACUUCCUGAACCUGUGAAACCAGAAGAUGUUGGUUAACUUUGGAUGUGCUGUUUUUUAAACUUGAAAAACGUACUUACAGUAAAAUGAUUGACUAUUUAAUUGUUUUUUAAAACAUAUGUAUGUAACCGGAAUAAGUCGAUGUAAAUGAUAAUGUUAACAUGGGCUACCUUUUUUUAAUAA